CGCAGGUUGUGUUGACAUCAGAUCGGCGGCGAUCAUCACCGGAUCAUGCCCGUGUUUCUGUGAGUGGAAGCGGCGGUCAGUCGGUAAACGGUGCUCAGAGGUGACGCGUGACCAGCGUGUGUUUCUCUGCUCUGGAUUGUGUUCUCCUCAUCUCGAUGUGUGUGUCCUGAGUCAGUUGUGUAGUUGUGUGGUAUCGUGAUCAUGGCGAGUAAAGCAGGAGAUGAUCCGGACAGUCUGAUGUCUCUGUGCACUGAGUUCUGUCUGAGGAACCUGCGCAGGACCAUGUGCUACAGCGGAGAGCGGAACCGGCUGAGUUUGCGGCCCGACGUUUUCCUGCCCAGCGAGAUCUGCGACCGCCUGGUCAACGCGUAUAUGGAUCUGGUGCACACAGACAGUGAGUUUGAGCCGCAGGACGGCUUCUUCCAGCUGUUCAGUGACCCGCGCAGCACCAGACUCACACGCCUGACGCUGAGGGAGGAUCUGCUGCGGGAUCGAGACCUGGAGGCCAUCAGCAAACAGGACCUGAUGGAGCUGCACCUGACGGACUGCAGUCGUCUGUCGUCUCGAGCUCUGCGUACGCUCUCCAGCUUCAGACACACUCUGCUGUCUCUCAGUCUGUUCGGCUGCUCCGGGAUCUUCUUCCGCAAGAGCGGCGCCCCGCUGGCGUCCGGCGAGCAGGAUGAGGAGGACGAGGACCCGCUGGAGGAGCGGCUGCAGACGCUGGAUGUGGACUUCAGCUUCCAGGGCUUCGGUCGUCUGCGUGUGCUGAAUGUGGGCGGUCUGCCGGCGGAGCUGGACGUGGAGGCGCUGCUGCAGCCGCUGCCCGCUCUCACUGCGCUGGAUCUCUCCGCCGCCCGGCUGCCCAGACCGGCGUUCCUGCAGCAGUGGAGCGACCGCAUGGCCUCGCUGGUGCUGUAUAAUGUAGAGCUGACGGACGAGCUCAUACACACACUGCUGCAGAUGACCAGACUCAGGCAUCUGGACAUCUCUCGAGAGAAUCAGAGGACGUCUAAAUUCAAGAUGUCGAGGCGUGUGCUGAGCAGUGUGGUGCAGACGCUGGUGCAGCUGGUGUCUCUGGACAUCUCUGGACACAUCAUGCUGGACAACUGCACCGUCACACCCAUGCAGGAGGCGCUGGGACGACCCGUGUCUCAGGUCACCGGCUCUAAGAAUGAGGAUCAGAUUCUGAAUGCGAUUGAGGCCUACACUGAGCAGAGGCCUGAGCUCGCACACAGAGCUAUAAACCAGCUGUUCGACAUCGCCAGAAUCCAGCACUGCAGUCAGCUACUGCGCGCACUACAGCUGGUGAUCACGGCGCUGAAGACUCAUAAGUAUGAUAAGAGUAUCCAGGUGACGGGCAGCGCGGCUCUGUUCUACCUCACCAACACAGAGUACCGCGGUGAGCAGAGCGUGCGGCUGCGCAGACAGGUCAUACAGGUGGUGCUCAACGGCAUGGAGCAUUACCAGGAGGUCACGGUGCAGAGGAACUGCUGCCUGACGCUGUGUAACUUCAGUAUCCCGGAGGAGCUGGAGUUUCAGUACCGGCGUGUGAAUCUGCUGCUGCUGAAGAUCCUGGAGCCGCUGCGUCAGGACGAGUCCAUCCAGCGCAUCGCCGUACACCUGUGCAACGCUCUCGUCUGUCAGGUGGACAACGACCACAAGGAGGCGGUGGGGAAGAUGGGCUUCGUCAAGACGAUGCUGAAUCUGAUCCAGAAGAAGCUGCAGGACCGAAUGUGUGAUCAGGUGAUGGAGUUCUCCUGGAGUGCGCUCUGGAACAUCACAGACGAGACUCCUGAUAACUGUCAGAUGUUUCUGGAGUGUAACGGCAUGAACCUGUUCCUGGAGUGUCUGAAGGAGUUUCCUGAUAAACAGGAGCUGCACCGCAACAUGCUGGGGCUGCUGGGUAAUGUGGCGGAGGUGAAGGCGCUGAGACCACAGCUGCUGACCAGACAGUUCAUCACCGUCUUCAGUGAUCUGCUGGACAGUAAAGCGGACGGGAUCGAGGUCUCCUAUAACGCCUGCGGUGUUCUCUCACACAUCAUGUUUGACGGGCCGGGGGUCUGGAGUAUGGAGGAGCCCAGCAGGACACACGUGAUGGACAAGAUGUGGACGGCCAUCCAGAGCUGGGACGUGAGCUCGCGGAGGAACAUCAACUACAGGUCGUUCGAGCCUAUCCUGCGUCUCCUCCCUCAGAGCGGGGCUCCGGUCAGUCAGCACUGGGCCACGUGGGCGCUCUAUAACCUGGUGUCUGUUUACCCCAGUAAAUACUGCCCUCUGCUGAUCAAGGAGGGCGGCGUCUCUCUGCUGCAGGCGGUGCUGGAGCUGCAGACCUCUCACGUGGAGACCAAGGACAUGGCACGUAAAGUGAUGGAGCAGUGUGAGAGCUUUAAGGAGGACCCGAUGGACACCAGCAGGUAAAGCGAGAGAAACACCUGCGUGAGGAUCUUCACUGUCUGAGAGCAGCGUUCAGGAGAAACACACUCCAGAACACACUACAGUGAGCCCAGCAGAGUGUGUGUGUGUGUGUGUGUGUGUGUGUGUGUGUCGGGCGCCUUUCUGUGUUGCACAUGGGCCGCGGCAACAGCUGCGAUAUCUAGGGGUGUUUUUCUUUGUUUUUAUUUGUUAUGUGCCCGAGUGUGUGUGUGUGUGUGUGUGUGUGUGUGUGUGUGUGUGUGUGUGUGUGUGUGUGUGUGUGUGUGUGUGUGAGAGAUGGUUCAUCAGAGACACAGGAUGUGUGCAGAUACGUGUGUGUGUGUGUGUGUGUGUGUGUCCAGUAUAAGCUUGAUGAAUCUCCUCAUGGUUCUGCUCUCUGUGAUCAUCAAUCGUCUGAUGGAUCGGUGUGAUCAGGACAUCAGGAGCAUCUCUGGAGGACACCUCUCUCAAUGUUCUCUGCAUGUUCUCUGGACAUUUUCGGGAUGUUCUCUGAACGUUGUUGAAAUGUUCUCUGGAUGUUUUCUGAGCGUUCUCUGGAUGUUCUGAUGUAAACACUCCUGUGAAGGCUGCCGGCAGUGGACGCUUCAUCAGUACAGUGGUUCUCUGCUCGUCUGGAGCUCCUCUUUCUCCUGCGUUGUGUUUUUAAUCCUCAUAUCCUCUUUUAUUUGUGCUCUCCUGAAGGUGUGGGAGCGGCGCGAGCGGUCAGACCUGCUUUAUCUGCUGUUCAAUGUGCCGCUUGUUUUUCUACACCGCUCUGAACUGCAAUAAACCCGUGAUGUACUGAAGUCAGACGUCUACACAACACUGGCUGUAAAGAGAGAUGAAUAUUCAUGAUGAUGAUGAUGAUAAUAAUAGUUGUCCAACACUCUG